GGCACCCUCGCCACGCCCCCGCCACGCGACAUGGGCGGCAUGUCGUGGCAGCAUUCCUCUUCGGCGGCUGGCCCAGCAUCAGCACAGCGACAACAACAACAACAAUCAGCAGCAACAGCACCGUCAGCACCGUCAGGAGGAGCAGGAGGAGCAGGCAAGGCAUGGCCCGCCGCGUCGAUGCAGACACUCCGCGAUCUCGGCGCGACCGACGCACAGGCCAAGGCGCUCCUCGACGCCGCGGGGGGCAACGUAGAGGUGGCCGCCAGCCUCCUUUUCCAGCAGUAGACUCU